CCAUAUUUGAUUUUACUAAGUAGUAAAAUUUAUGAAUUUGAAUUUUAUUUCAGAAAUAAUUCAAUAGCUAUAGGUCCUAAACAUCUAUCCGGUAGUCAAAAACGUAAAAAGAGAAAUCGAGAUGAAGAUUGAGAAAGUAUCAAGCUGGAUAAAAAAUGCUUUGGUCAUUUAUUUAUUUUCUUCUAAUAAUAUUACUUUAAUUAUCAUUUAUAUAUAAUUAGUUUAGAUAUGUUAAUUUGCUAGACUUUAUAUUUAGGGCCUUUUUUUAUCUCGGUCCAAGCCGUUGAAUUCUCAUGACCGGCCCUGGUUAAGGUGUUUAUAAGCUGUAUAGCUGCUUGCUUCUGUUAAGUAAAAAGAAAUCAAAGUCAGAUGAGAGUGACUCAAGUGAUGAAAAUUUGAGAAAGAAAUAUGUGGCUCUUAAAGCAGUUCUGGAUCACAUCACAAAAUAAUUUGGAAAGGGAUUCAUCAUUGGAUGGGUCGGUCUGAAUCCAUGUGGUGUAUCCAUUAGGCAGUUUUGCAUUUUUCAAUGCCUAGAACAUUUGUUCUUUAUAUUUGUGGUUUGGCUAAUAGCAUCCUUUGUAUUGUACCUGAGGUUGUGUGUAUAUCAUUAUAUCAUAUGUUGAUGUAUAACACUACAUCCUCUUAGUUUUGUGAAUGGUGAUGUGAUAUAUAUCUGCGUGUGUGUGUGUGUGUGUGUGUAUGGUUUAGAGCCUUUGGAGAAAACUACACUUCCUAUACAUAUACAUGUCGAGGCACAAAAACUAGGAGGUUAUAAUCUUACACACAACUUAUUUGCUGCCAUUUCUUCCCUUUUUCAUUUGACAAAAGAAAAGUACUUGGCAAGUGGCAACAAAUAUUUUUCAAACCGAACAAAAAAACCGAUGUGUGAACCACAAAAAAACAAACCGAAUAACCAAUGAGAUACUCUUUUUUAUGCAAAACUUAACCGAAUCGCCAAUUUACCUUCUAUUAUGUCUUUGAUUUUAGGAAAAUCCAAACCGAAAUUUUGUGAAAACAACAUAGGACUAAAAGUUAAAACAAAUUAAAAAAUGAUUGUUACACACUAAGAAUGUCAAUGCAAUGGCCCCACAUGCCCUUGUUUUUGUGCAAAUGUGCUUUGUCUUCUGUUAGUUGUGGAGGUGAAAAUUGGCAAUCAAAAUUCACUAUUAUAAAUAAGAUUGGUUUUUGAGAAUUGUGUUAUACUGAAAUGACCUAAACCAGAUAACGGGCUGCUUUCUGCAUGGGCAUCCGGCUUUUAUUUGUUAAUUUAGCAAUUUGAUAUGUUAUGAAACUUAUCUAUAGAUUUUUUUACUAUUUUUUUUUUUAAUUUUGCUCCACAAUCAUUAGCUAUGUUAUGUUGGGAAAUUGGUUUGUUGCGAGCUCCAUAAUCGUAAAUGAUGUUAGUGUAGGUGCGUAGCAUAUUUAUUUAGCAAGAUUAGGAGUUAGGAUUAUCUUAAUAUUGGUGUUAUAAUGAGAUUAAAUUGAACUAACAUUAAUUCAAUAAAGCAAUCUAACUAUUUAAAAUGUUGACUUCUCAAGCUUUUACAAAAUCUUUAAAUAUCUUAAUUUGUUAAGCAUAGCUCAUUCAACAUAUGUUUAUGGAUAGUAGAAAUUACACAUUUACAUACAUCCUUUCUUGCUUUUAAAAAAUUAACUUCUAGAUUGAAUGAAGAAAAUCUUUCUCAAAGGAACAUGGUGGGGCCAUGAAACAUCAACUAGAAUUGAAGAUUCUCUAAAUAUCAUAGCAGAAUGAAGUAUUUAUGAAUAGAUAGUGAAUUCCUGCUGUGAAAAAGGACACUUUAAGUUCAACUUAUAGAGUGAGUCCAGGAGCUGAUUUUACCCUUCUAUUCUUUUGGAUGGGAUAGAAUUCUAAAAAGUUGGGGUUUUGUUGCUGGGAACCUCAAAACAGCUAUCAUUAUGUUAUUGCUUUUCAGGACUCCCGUGUUACUUUUAGAGAAACAAAAAUGAGUCAAAAUGGAAGCAACUUAUGAACAUUUGAGUGAUAUUUCAGGAAUCUGCAUGGGUGCUUCUUUACCACACAGCCUAUACAUAUUUUUGUUACCUUUUGUUUUGGCUGGAAAUUUGGCAAACAAAACAGCAUUGUCAUGUAUAGAUAGAUUUGUCUGAAGAGGUUGAUUCUAUUGGGUUUUCGUGGCAAAGGAUCAUAUGGCUUGGUGAUAUUUAUCUUCAGAAUUAUCUCUUCAUUAGUUCAAGUUGUUAGUGACCUUCCUCAAAAAUUCGAAAAUGACAAACUCUCUUGUUCUUCAGUUGUCUUAGGUCACUCUGAAUUUUCUUUUGGGAAAAGAAUUUGCAAGGGGGGUAAAUUUCAGAGGGGAUUAUGCAAGAAUGAUGUCAAAGUUAGCUUUAGAAUCACCUUUGAGAAAUUUGAUUGCCAUUAUAAGUAAAUUACAUUCAUCUUCACCAAGCCCGGAAGCCCCCCUGUGAAGGUUUUUAAAACACAACUCUGCUUGGCUUAAAAUCUUUCAAAUCUAUGGUUUCUUGCUAUAAUGUUAUCACUUACUCUGUAUUAUUAAGGUGAUAGGAUCUCAUUGUGUUUUUUGAAGAUUUCACAAAGAGUGGUUUCCCCCCUUCUGUGACACACUUGUCCUUUUCCGCAUAUAAAUUUGUACAUAUGCAUGUGGCUUCACAUGUAGCAUCAUUUUUAGCACCUCAAAUACAUUGCUUUUCAAGUUCACUGCUAAGCUUUGGUAAACAGGUUUUUCCCUACCAGUUGUACUCCAGGGAGGAUUUAAGCAGUAAAGGAAGGGAUGAGUGCUUACAAUGCUUUUAAAGCUUGUGCCCCGGUUGCAUGGAGCUCGAAUUUGUACAUAACCCUUGUAAGAGGUAUCCCAGGUACUAGGAGGCUCCAUAGGCGUACCUUAGAAGCAUUGCGCCUUCGGAAAUGCAACCGUACUGUGAUGCGGUGGAAUACCCCUACAGUCCGAGGAAUGGUUCAGCAGGUGAAAAGGUUGGUGGUUGUUGAGACAGAAGAGAUGUACAAGGCACGAAAGGAGAAAGAAGCCAACCACCGAGCCUUGCGUCCCCCAUUGGUUGUAAAUCAUCACUCUGCUUCUUCAUCAACUUAGUUUCUGCAACUUGUCAUCGGUGCUCUUUCAGGCGCAGAGAAGUAAGAUGAUGAUACUGUUGCAAUAAAGACAUUGAAGUUUUUAAAGGGUUUUGAAGGGUGUAUUGUUUCUAGCUGAACACUUGUGGUGCCAUCCUCUAGUUUUCUUUUCAAUGGCGACUUUCACAGGUGAAUGCAAAAGCAUGGUAUUGUAUUUUAAUUUCCUUCACAUUUCCUUCACAAUAGCCUCUCAUGAGUUUAU